CUCAUCAACGUGCGCAUUCUGGGACAUCUUCUGUCUUAUGCCCCCAACGACACGGCUGUUGCCGGCCUAACGAAAGCCAUCGUUUCUGAGGGAAACCAAGAAGUAAAUCCCGAAGCGCUUUCUGAACUGGGGGAUUUCUACAAGAAUCACUUUUUACGUGCCUUUCGCCGUUUCAAAUGUCGAACACCACAUGCAUCUACGCACCCUUCUAGGCCCUCCUUUGAAUACACUAAAGAACAGAUCGCGAGAAUACUCCAGGAGUAUCCCAGAGAUCAUUAUCACGCGCGAACUCUGGCAAUGCUCCGCGAUGGCCAUCGGUGCAUGUUGACACACAGGACGGAUGUCCAUUACCAUAGAAGCGUAUACGCUCAUACUGGCAAAGGCGGCUCCGAGAGCGUUUCUGCACUUGAAUGUGCCCACAUCUUCUCCGAAUCCACCAACACCAACCUUCAGAAUGCGGCGAAGCACAAAUAUGCCACAACGGCCUGGGCUGUUUUAGAACAAUUUGGCUACCCUGCAAUCGUCAAAGACCUUGCGGGUGCGAAUGUUCAUUCGCUGGUGAAUAUCUUGACGCUGGAUCAUACAUUGACCCAGCGCGAAUGUCUCGGAAUCAUCGAGGAGUACGUCACCUUUAAAUCAUGCCUCCCUGGAGCCCCGUUGCCAAGUGCAAAAUAUCUGCAAAUCCAUGCAGCUUGUUGCAAAGUCGCGCAUCUGUCAGGGGCAUCGGGCCUUUUUGACAGAAUGGAGGAGGAAAUGGAUUAUGAUCCCGAUCCGGCCACUGUGCCCGCUUUCGCUAAAGCUUUGGAGGCACAUUUGGAGCACAUUACUCUGGUCUGA